AUGGUCACGUUUUCCGGUCUGCUAAACGCUCUAGACGGUGUAGCUGCUUCAGAGGAACGCAUAAUAUUUAUGACAACCAAUCACGUCGAACGACUUGAUCAAGCCUUGAUUCGUCCUGGUCGGAUAGACUUGAAAGAAUAUUUUGGUAACGCUACCGACUAUCAAAUCAAGCACAUGUUCCUCAGGUUUUACGAGAACGAACAGAGUUUGGCAGACGAGUUUGUCAGGAAAACAAAAGGACGCGCAAUCAGUCCUGCCCAGUUACAGGGACAUUUUGUUUAUUACAAAAAUAAUCCUAAACAGGCUGUUGAAAUGACAGAAAACGUGUUCCAAUCCUGGUGA